GACAGACUUGACAGAAAACGCGAAACCUUUUGUAGGGGUUGAAAUUGUAGUAAAUUUGUUUAUCAUAGUUUUGUAAUUUUAUAAAUAUUUUGAAGUAGUUUGAAAGUAUUAAAGUAAUAUUCACAUGAGAAACGGCAAAAAUGUUUGGUUGAUUUGGCCUCUCGAAAGCUGCAAAACGAAUUGCAUGUGCAAGAACGCGAAAAGAACAGUCAAUAGGACCAACAGAGUGCAAAAUGUCCGAAGUUGCACUGUACCAAUGUCGCCUAUGUUUAAAGGAUUCUCAGUUUUGUUAUUCCUUGUUUGACGAGGAUGUAACGGAAAUCAUUGAGAGUUUCACAUCAAUAAAGAUUGAUGAAGAUGAUGAUCUCCCAACCAUCUGUUGUGCACAGUGUUUGGAAGACAUCUACGUUGUGUAUAGGAUUAGAUGUCGUAUAAUUGAAUCAGACAGGAUUUUACGGGAAAAACUUCUUCAGAAAGGAAAAGACGACACUGAACAAGCUUACGUUAAAUUUGAGAGUGACGCGAUGUCAGUGGAUGAAAUUCAAAUAACUCCUGAACCACUAAAAAAUGAAAAUGCGUCAAAUUCAGUUGUUGAAGACUCAGCGGUGGAAGAAGUUGAAAUAACUAUUAAUCCAGAAAUCAAUGAAGCUUUUAAGAAACAAAUUGAAUUAAAACGGAAAUCAGCUGCCAUGCAGAAACCAGAAACCACCUUUGAAUGUACAGAAUGUAACAUUAAGUUCAAUUUUAAAAGGUAUUACCUUCAGCAUAUGAAAAAACAUAAUAUUGUCAGCGUUUGUAAAAUAUGUGGUCGACAAGUGCUAACGUGUAAUUAUAGAAGACAUUUGGAAGUACACAAAUCUUCACCGAAAGUUUGUGAGCUAUGUGGAGCUGUGGCUAAGAAUGCAGAAAGUUUGAGAGGGCACAUGUUUUACAUGCAUAAAAGCACAGCAGAACAAUAUAAAUGCAAACAUUGUGGAAAAUUUUAUAGGUAUAAGUAUAAAUUUCAAUUACACAUACGUAAGGCACAUGGUGGUGAUAAAACCCACAUUUGUGAAGUGUGCGGAAAGGCGUUUUAUACGGCAAGAGACGUUAAUAGACAUAUACAAAUGACUCAUAUGAAACUAAGACCUUAUGUUUGCCAGUUCUGUAAUAAAGGAUUCAGCAGUUCAUAUGCUAGACGUACACAUGUGAGGCAACACACCAAUGAGAAACCUUUCAAAUGUGAAAUAUGUGCUGAAGGGUUUAGGCAACGAGUUUCUUUAAAAACGCAUUUGAAGUCUAAGCAUGGUAUUGUGCAGACAACUGAACAAAACGUUUACACACAAGGUGCCGGCAUUAAAUUGGAAGGCGACAUAUAAUUUUUUGGACUAAUUUAAUUUAGAAGCGACUGUGAUUUCAUCUUUGUACAUAGUUUUGGUCAUGGUGUGCUAUUAUAUACCCGCUGCUAUAUUACCAAAAUAUAUUUAGCAACUUAA